CACACAGAGGGAGUGCACGUUGCUCAUAGAGAUUUUAAAAACAAUGCGUUUCAAAUUAUUCAACGGGAGAGAGGAGGUAGCCUGGACCACACUGCCAGAACACGUUGACCCUGGUUCCAGGACCAGGUCUGGAUCUGAGCGCAACAAAGGCACCAUUGUGGACCUGGAGAGGCUGCAUCUGCUGGUUCCCCCCAUCUACACAUCCACUAACGAACCUCCUGCUCCACGGAAAAAAGAGGAGCGGUGGAGGACGGACUUGGAGGCGAACUCGGAACUGCCUGAUGCUUCAGUAAACAGAGAUACAAAAACAGAAGUCACAACGAAAAUAAAGCAACAUGGCCAAGAAACUAUUUGGAACCAAUUACCCAACCAGCAUCUGCUUUAUAGUGGUGAAUGAGUUCUGUGAACGCUUCUCCUACUAUGGCAUGAAAGCGGUGCUGACACUGUAUUUCCUCAACUACCUAAAGUGGGACAAGGACCUCUCUACUGCGAUCUAUCAUGCCUUCAGUGGCCUCUGCUACUUUACUCCCAUCCUGGGAGCUGUCAUCGCCGACUCCUGGCUUGGAAAAUUCAAGACCAUCAUCUACCUGUCCAUCGUUUACAUGAUUGGCCAUGUGGUUAAGUCUGUAGGAGCCAUCCCUUCUGUGGGAAACACUGAUGCACACAUCGCUCUGUCCAUGGUAGGCCUGAUCCUCAUCGCUUUAGGCACCGGAGGAAUCAAACCCUGCGUAGCAGCGUUUGGAGGAGAUCAAUUCGAGGAGGAACACAAAAAGGAGAGACAGAAAUUCUUCUCAAUUUUCUACAUGUCGAUCAACGCUGGGAGUGUUUUGUCGACGUUGAUAACGCCCAUCCUCAGAGGUGAUGUGCAGUGUUUUGGAAGCGAUUGCUAUGCCCUGGCCUUUGGAGUUCCUGCAGCUUUGAUGGUAGUGGCUCUAGCUGUGUUCAUAUUUGGCAGCGGUAUGUAUAAGAAGAAUCCGCCUCAGGGAAACGUCCUCGGGGAAGUCUGCAAAUGUAUUGGUUUUGCCAUCAAAAAUCGCUGGAACAGCUCGAAGUCUGACCACAAGAGGAAACACUGGCUGGACUGGGCUGAGGACAAGUACCCGGAGCGUCUGAUUCAGGAGAUUAAGAUGGUUCUGCGGGUUCUGGUGCUCUACAUCCCUCUGCCAAUGUUCUGGGCUCUGUUUGAUCAGCAGGGUUCCCGCUGGACUCUUCAAGCCACAAGGAUGAACAUGGCUUUUGGAGAAUCCUUCAUAGUUAAGCCUGACCAGAUGCAGAUGCUGAACGCGCUGCUGAUUCUCAUCUUUGUACCCAUCUUUGACCUGCUCAUAUAUCCACUCGUUGGCCUCUGCAGAAUCAACAUCACGCCCCUGAGGAAAAUGGCCGCAGGAAUGAUCUUUGCAGCCCUAGCCUUCGGGGCAGCCACCCUGGUGGAGGUCAAUGUUGUGAAAACGGUGGUGGAACCGGCACCUGCUGAGCAGUGUCUGCUGCAGGUUUUUAAUCUGGCUGAAGGAGACAUUAAUGUGGGGGUCGCUGGCAGCGACCUGUUUCAAGACCCGAUCCCAAAGCUUCAGGACCCUCCUGCAUAUGAAACUCUUCCACUAGGGGCUCCUGUAAAGGAACUGAAUAUUAAUGUCACAUUUUCAGAGUCAAAACAUACUUGCAGACACACGUUUGAAGAACAAAAGGCUUACAGUCUCAUCAUAUACACGGACAUUACUGGUAUUAACUGCAAACUGGUGGAGGACUACAUAAAGAAAAAUGAAUCUGGAAACCCUAACGUGCGCUUCUUCAACACACGGGCAGAAGCCAUAAACAUAACCGUGGGAGAAACUUGGUUUUAUGUGCCCCCUGACCACAGCAUGUCUCCAAACAAGAGCGUGACUCGGGGAAACUACCCGUCAGUCGGUUGCAGCCUCCGGUCAAAGACAUGUGACGAUCUCAACCUGGGCCUGCUGGACUUUGGCGCUUCUUACACUUUCAUCCUCAUGGAGGUCAAGGAAUCUGGCAAGAUCAUGACUAAAAUGGAGGAUGUACAAGCCAACAACGUGCACAUCGCCUGGCAGGUCCCCCAGUACGUCCUCAUCACGGCCGGAGAAGUCAUGUUCUCCAUCACGGGCUUGGAGUUCUCCUACUCACAGGCUCCAAACAACAUGAAGUCUGUGCUGCAGGCUGGCUGGCUGCUCACUGUUGCAUUUGGGAACGUGAUCGUGCUGAUUGUGGCUGAGGGGGCGGGACUAGAUCAGUGGAAAGAGUUCCUGCUGUUUGCUGCCCUCCUGCUGGGCGUUUGCAUCAUCUUCUCCAUCAUGGCCUACUUCUACACCUACGUUGACCCCGACCAGCUGAACAAAAUGUACUCUGAAGACUCUGGAAAGGAGGAGAAUGAUGAUGACAAGAAGAAUAAAAAUGACAACAUACCACUGAAGAAACCAGAGCACCAGAAGAGCACCAGAAUGUAGAUUUGCCAUAUAACAAAUGGUGCCAUUUAAUUUUGGUUAAUUAUUUUCAGGUAUUAUUUGGUUACUAGACACUACUUUUGAUUUAGAGGUGUUUGUGUUUUAAAGUGUUUGUGGUAUUUAAAAAAAAUAGAUCCGUCAAAUGUUUCAACGGCAUUGCAGAGUUUGUAAUCCCACAGGAAGCACUGGAACCAGUUCAAAUAUGUCUAAUAAUGUUUACCAGACACAAUGGUUUCCUCUGAUCAACAGUGAAGUUUAUAAUUUGUAGAUAAUAUGUCUGCUGCAUAUCCACUCUGUUAAUGUUGUGCUUACUAUGCCGCACAGGGAAAUUCAUUUUUUGUCUUUAACAGAACACAGAAAGAUGUGGCUUACAGUCAGUCUGUAAAACCGCACAAAAUCUAAAGACAAAGGAAGGUUUACAAUGACACUGAUUUGACUUAAGCUAAAUUAGUUUCAUCAAGCUGAACUGUAAUGUGGGGGAGGAUAUGAUCACAUUUACUGUAAGUAUUAUUACCCUUCAGAUUAGGAAAGCAGGUGUUGUAAAACUCCCAUUUUGCUGCUUCUCUCCCAUGAUCCUUUUUGUUUGUGCUGACUUGUGGUCUUGAUGUACAGGGGCACUGUAAUUCUGGCAUUAACAUUCACACUAUUUAGUAGCAUGCUUCUGCUUUGUCAUUCGGGUGUGGUGCGAAAACCAAAGCUAUAGAUUUAAUCCAUGUUUUGUAACCAUAUUUUUUUUCAUUCAGUGAAAGUAAAAAUCAUUCUGCUCCCAAUACACUUGUGUAAAUAAAUAUCUGAUAGUAAAAAAA